AUGUUAGUGAAUCAACAAAAUGCAAUGUUCGUACGCGUCGGUUCAGCUCUGUUUUACGGGGUGUCGUCGUUUAUGAUAACAGUGGUGAAUAAAAUGGUCUUAACUACCUUUGGUUUCCCAUCUUUUCAAGUAUUGGGAAUAGGACAAAUGUUAGCGACUAUUUUUGUUUUAUUCUUGGCGAAGAAGUUACGUUACGUUGACUUCCCUAACCUCGAAGUUGCAACGUUCGUUAAGAUAUGGCCAUUACCAAUGAUAUAUAUUGUUUCAGAGAUUUCAACGGUACGAAGAUAUUCUGCAUACAAAGCCUUUGAAGAAGAUUAUGCUAAACAUCAUAUAUUUUUAUCUAACUUUCAACGAGCGGCCCUCACAGUAGGAUCAGCAGUUAUAUCACUGGCUGACCCAUCUCGUGGUGAUAUGAUAGCAUGUCUCGCAGAAACUUCAUCUGGAAAUGCUCUUGCCCAUUGUCUAAAUAAAAUGAAUAAAUCACCCGAAGGCCAAAGGAUUUUAAGAGAAAGACCGCGUAUAAAUAGUUCGACCAUUGAUUUAUCAUUAUUGAAACAAUUACCAAAUGGCACUGUUGGAAAAACAUAUAGCAACUUUUUAGAAAUGAAUAAAGUAACACCAGAUUCUAGGGUACCUACCAGAUUUAUCGAUGAUAUUGAACAAGCAUAUGUAAUGCAACGAUAUCGUGAAAUACAUGAUAUAUGUCACGCUGUUUUAUUGAUGCCUACAACGAUGCUCGGAGAAGUCACAGUUAAAUGGAUAGAAGGACUUCAAACACAAUUUCCAAUGUGUAUAGGAGGAGCUAUUUUUGGAGCGGCUCGUUUGCGUGCAAGGCAAAGAAAAUUAUAUCUGAAUCAUUAUCUUCAAUGGGCAAUAAAGACUGGAAAUAAUGCUCAAUUUUUACUAAAUGUUUACUUCGAAGAACGAUGGGAACAGCCUCUCCGAGACUUUCAUAAGGAGAUGAACAUCGUUUCUCUUAUACCAUUAUCAGAAUAAUAUAAGAAUGUGCUGUGAUAAUGUAUGUAUGUUAUCAUGUAAAUGUAUUAGUUAUAGCGAUA